AUGUAAGACAUAGAACAAGAAAGAUAGAGAAAAUAAGAUUUAUUAAUGUCAUCAAUAGUAGAUGCAGGAUAUGAUACUAUUGCAUUUCAGGUGUAUUGUGAAUAAAUAAAGUAAAAUGGUAGCUAAGAUAUUGAUUUAUGGACAUAUGAAGAAUUAUAGAAAACAAUUCAAGAUUUUAUCAAAAAGGAAGAGUAAAAUACUUUAUGAUGUAUAUAGUUAAAAAGAAUUAAAUGUACCAAAUGAUCUUAAGCAACAUGAUCCUGAACCAGCUAAUAAAAUAUUUUAGAUACCAAAAGUAUAAGAUGAUAGCAACUUUUUUACUGAAGUCUAAUGCUAAUUACCAGGGAGAACAAAAUUAACCGAUUAUAUAAUGGAGAAUACUCAUAAAGUAUCCUAUAUUUAUAUAAAAUAGCAAGUAGAAAUAAUAAUGAGUGAAUAUAUGAGUAAAUCUGAUGGCAUCAUAUCAUCAUAUAUAUCAUUUAAAAUUGAGACAAAACCAAUUGGAUGGGUGGUUAAUAGAAGAUUUACUGAUUUCUUAAAAUUGAGAGAAAUUUUAUUAAUGACGUACCCAUGUCAUUUAAUACCUCCAAUUCCUGGAAAGAAAUUGUAAUAUAAAUAUUUAUUUAAUUUAGGAAAUCUUAAACUGGUGCAGCAUAUUUAGAAAAGCGUAUGAGAAUUAUGGAAUUAUUUUUAUAGAAUUGCUUAUAUCAUCCAUUAUUUAAAACACACCCUUUAUUUUCUGAUUUUUUGGAAAUUACAGAUGAUUCUAAAUUGAAAGAAAAGUUCAAUUAAUAUGAAAAAUAAAAAGGGCCAUCAAAACCAUAAGAAUAUACAAUGACUAAUGGUUCUUGUGUUUUGGAAAUUACUAAUGAAUUAUAGAAUUAUUCUUAGGCUUUGACAGAUUAUCUUAAAAAUUCUUAAGAUAUAUAUAAAAAAACAGGAAAUAAUUUUAGUAAAUUGUGUACAGAUUUAGAGAAUUUAAGCAAUACAUUAACAUCAAUCACAGAUAACUUUAAUACAUUAGAUAAAUUAACAGAUGGAUUUAUCAAAUAAACUAAAUCUAAAGGAGCAAUUGAAUAAAUUUAGUUAGUUUAUUAAGAAUUAUCAAAGUUUGUAACUGGGUGGUAAUAUGGAGUGAAUUUUUAGAUGAAAAACGUAAAAGUAAUAAUUAAAAAUAUAAAUAUAGGAAAACUUUUAUGAAUUCUUUAGAUAUCAUAAAAAGAGUUAAUCAUCAGCAUAUGAUUAUUUGUAAACUAAGAAUAAAUUGCAAUAGAAGUAUUUGAAUUAAAAAAAUCAAUUAAAUGAUAAAAAGGAACAAUUAUAUAUUAAAGGUGAUCCUACAAAAUGGGAAUUACCUCCUGAUAUUCCAAAGACUGUAAAAGAACUGUAAUUUAAUAAAGGAGAAGCAUUUAAAUACAUGUUGCCAAAUGAAACAAAACAACUGAGUGAAGUAAGGGAAAUGUAUGCAUUUAUGAAUCAUUAAUUACAAGAUGAAAUAAAUUAGAUGAUUGACUUUAGAAUAAAAGUAUAUGCUAAGAAAUUUGUAAGAAUGGGAUAAAUGAGGGCUCUAGAAACUGCUAAAUUUCAUCAUAUAUUGGCCAAUUUCCUUUAAGUUUUGGCUGAAAUGUAAGGAUCUACAACAGGAUAAAUGUAUAAUCGGAGAGCAAGUGUGUUUAUAGAUUAGAGAUAUGAUUAAUUUUUUGGGAUAAAACCAAAGUGACAAAUAUUUU